AUCUUAUGGGGAGCUCAUAAGGUUUACAUUUAACUGUGCUUUUUGUAUCAAAUUUGGAUAACACACGCGCAUGCGCUGUUGACAUUUUGAUCGUACAUCUUCCUCAGAAAUAUGUGGUUCUCGCUCGCACACGUCAAUUUGCCGUUCUGCCAACAUGGCCACGCUAAGCCGUACUUCGACAAAAUUAUUUAGAAAAUUACAGUUUUCACCUGUUUUUACGCGUAAUUUCAGUAAUGUGAAAGGAAAUAAUUCGUUAACGAAGGUUAUUACAACCUGUGUUUGUGUCGUCGGCGGCGGCGUGGCGUUCUAUGCUGUAAAUAAAUAUGGGAGGAAGAAUACAGUGUACGCUCUCAAGGCGAAGCCGGAUGAGCUGGCGAAAUCGGUGAAGCUGACGUCACGGGAGCGGCGGUUCAUAAAGUUCGCGAGCGUCGAGUACGGCGGCCAGCUGUACAUGACGCCGCAGGACUUCCUCGAGUCCGUCGUGGAACAGGAGCCAAGGCCCCGUUUGAAGCGACGAGUCCUGACCACCAAAGAGAUCGAAUACCUGCGCGACCACACGCCGCAGCUGAAGAAGGGAUCCUCACAGAUGUUCAGGAAUAUGAGGGAUAAAGGAAUCAUCUCUUAUACGGAGUAUUUGUUCCUCCUCUCUAUUCUAACGAAGCCGGCCUCGGGCUUCCGGAUAGCAUUCAACAUGUUUGAUACGGACGGCAACCAGCGCGUCGAUAAGAACGAGUUCCUAGUCAUUCAACGCCUGCUGGGGGGUACUUUGAAGGAGCGUAAAGAUUUGGACCCCAAGAGUGAGGAGGCACUGCUUACGUUAGUGUCAACAAGUGCCACAAGGAACAGGGCAGGUCCGCCACCCCCGGUCCCGAGUCCAACAACUAUGGAGAAAAUCUUCAGCUUCGCGUGGCGCGGAAAAAGGGGUAUGAGUGAGGAGGAGGGGAAACAAGAGGGGAAAGAAGGAAAGGGGGAGGACAAAGCGGAGGGGAAAGCUCACGAGAACUACGUCAAUGAUGAGCAGGGGCUGCAGAGGAGGCACAAUGUGGAUACUUUUCUGCAGGUGCACUUCUUCGGCAAGAAGGGUACUAACGACCUGAAGUUCGAGGGGUUCCGCCAGUUUAUGGAGAACCUACAGACCGAGGUGCUGGAGCUGGAGUUCCAUGAGUUCUCAAAGGGUCACGAGACGAUCUCCGAGGUGGACUUCGCGAAGAUCCUCCUCCGCUACACGUACCUAGACACGGAUGAAUACGACAUGUACCUGGAUAGACUGCUGGACCGGGUCAAGGAUGAACAUGGUAUCACGUUUGAGGAGUUCAAGACAUUCUGCCAGUUCUUGAACAAUCUGGAGGACUUUACUAUCGCUAUGAGGAUGUAUACGUUAGCUGAUCAUCCUAUCUCUAAGGAUGAGUUUCACCGCGCAGUAAAGAUCUGUACUGGUAUAUCCCAGUCGGAACACCUCGUGUCGACUGUGUUCGCGAUCUUCGACGCGGACGGCGACGGGCUCCUGAGCUACAAGGAGUUCAUCGCUAUCAUGAAGGACCGCCUGCAUCGGGGGUUCAAGUCUUACGCAAAGAACGAAGGUUGGGAAGCCUUCAAAUCAUGUGUCAAACAAGAAAUGAAGAGCGCCGUGUAGACAACAGAUGUCGCUACUUGCCAUACUUACCGCGUCGGAUCUCUAACUUGUGAAUAAAAAAACUAAUUAUACAGAAUGCGGUGUUUAAAAUGUUAAACUUACUUGUUUAUGCGUGUAAGAAAUAUUAUUAUAGUAAUUUGAGAAUGAUUCAUACUUAUAUGGUAUAACGGUUCAUUUACAAGAAGCUUAGCGGUAUAGAAUAGAACAACUAGUUAAUUAUGAGCUCAAGCGGUGGAGUCGCGAGUUGAACAAAUAAGUUUGACUCGCAACCAUGUUUAAUCAAUCUCGUUAAAUGUUUGUAUCAUUUAAGUAGGAUUUUUUUCUCAACCCAUUGCCAAUCUGUGCUUUGCGAAGGUACCUACAAAAACCAGCCAGUAACUUUGUAAAUACCGCAAUCUGUAUUAUUAGAACGCGUUUUAAAUUAUUUAAAAAUAUUGCAUUAAAUAUUUUUCAUUGUUUUCAGUGGUAUUUAACAUUUUAUAAUGUAAAGCCCAAUAUAUAAAGGCACAAUAACAUUUAAAAACUUUUAGCCAAAGCGCAAAUGUGAACGUUUUUGAGUCUUCUGUCAGAUACAACUCAUAAAACUACAGCGAUGAAUAUGAGAUUUCUUAAAAAAAACGAUAUGAAAUCAUCGACUCUGUAUCAAAACUGUGUUCUAUAACAGGUAUACUUAGUUACCUGUGAUGCUAUGCAACAAAAAAUGUCUAUGUAUGCGCAAUGCCUAAAAGGUUUUCGAUUUUUUGACAAAUCGCUGGUAUGAAAGACUUCUUGCCUCGUUUAGCAAAGGCCUAAAACGAUAUUUCGAGAACCACUAUAAACAAGAAAUAUUGUAAUGCUUAAAUAAAUUCUAAAUUAGUAAGAUAUUUAUCAUGGCCUACUUAUUGGAAUCUUGCCUUUCAUAAAAUAUUUAAAAUCAAUACUAUUAGUCAUUAUUUAAAGCUCUCCAAAGUUUGUGAACGGGUAGUUAGAGUUUGUUUAUUAAUAACUAAAUAGAUAAUGGUAUAGUGUGGAGUUAAAACGUAGCCUAAAUUCAAACAAUAUUGAAAUCUUUUGCGCACCGUAGAUAAAUAAAUAAAAAAGUAUCAUUCUACCGAAUCCUGAAGAUCACUAGGUAUCAAUUUAAAGUGUCUGGUAAGUAUCAUACAGUGAUACAGCCUUUACUAUGAUGUGAAUAGAAUCAACAAAUAAUUAUUUUGAUCUUCAGUAUUCGGUACUAAGAUAAAACAUUUGCCAUAACACCGUUAACUAUUUUCAAUGUUAUUUAUAAUUUGGUAAUUAAAUUACCUUACAAAAUACUUCAUACUUAAUAUAUUUUAUCUUUAAUUAAAGGCACAAUACUUACGCACAGUCAGUCAUUUACUAACUUUAUAUGUGGUUGUCAACAGUGAGAUUAAUAACUUUAUUUAUUACUUUUAUAAAAAGUUUCAAAAUGUUGCAUUUUUAUCAUGUAUUUGAAUCCAGUCAGUGUAUCCCGGUUAAAUAAUUUAUAUUACGUUAAAUGUUUAAAUAAGAAUAAUGAUUGUGUUUAUAUAAUCAAACUUAUGUUAAUCUAAAUAAUGCGUUUUUAUUCAUAUUAUAUGAUCAACGACCAUUCGAACACUGGACACCUAAUAUCAGGCAACCAAUGUCUGUCAACACAUCAGGGCAUAUCAAACUUAUAUAAUCUUCUAGAGGAAUAUUGAUACUCUUCUCAACAAUUUCACAUUCGUUCGACGAUAAAACCCAGCUCAGCUAAUUGGUGGAAUUAUUAUCGAAACAUUAUAGACUGAAUAUGAGGUGUCUAUAGGUUGCAUGGCCGUUGUAUUUCAUACAUUCUAGCAUAGAAUAUUUAUCGUACCAAAUUUUCAUUCAGGGCGUUAGAAAAUUGUUUUGAAUGUCAAGGUAACAUCUUAGUUCAAAUAUAUGAGAAGUAUCCAUGCUAGAAAUGUACAUUUUAUUUAGUGUAUUGGUUAGUGAAUUAGUUUAAUAACAAACAGUAUGAGUGUUACUUAAAGUCAACAAAUGUCUGCUAGUCAUUGCACAAACCAAGUUUGUUACAAUUUAAAGUUACCAUUAAUUUAUAUUACAUCAUAUGUACAACUAAUAUUAUGGCGUUAUAUUACUAUGCUUGUAUUUAUUCACUUCUUGAUCUAAUAAUAAAAUGAUUUCAUCAAA